UGGAGCAACACAGCAGCUCACCACUGGCCAGCCCAAUGUCUCCCCGGUCACUCUCCUCUAACCCUUCAUCCCGAGAUUCCUCCCCAUCCCGAGACUACUCUCCUGCAGUCACCAACUUGCGUUCGCCAAUCACGAUCCAACGGUCGGGCAAGAAGUAUGGCUUCACGCUGCGCGCCAUCCGUGUGUAUCUGGGGGACAGCGACGUCUAUAGCGUGGAUCACAUUGUCUGGCAUGUGGAGGAAGGGGGUCCAGCCCACGAGGCAGGUCUGUGUGCAGGGGACCUCAUUACUCAUGUCAAUGGAGAGCCAGUACAUGGUCUGGUGCACACUGAGGUGGUGGAACUCAUCCUGAAGAGUGGAAAUAAGGUGAUGGUGACUACUACGCCCUUUGAGAACACCUCCAUCCGGAUUGGACCAGCCCGCAAGAGCAGCUACAAGUCCAAAAUGGCUAGAAGAAACAAGAGAAGCACCAGUAAAGAAGGGCAGGAGAGCAAGAAGCGCAGCUCCUUGUUCCGCAAGAUCACCAAGCAGUCAAAUUUGCUGCACACCAGCCGUAGCUUAUCAUCCUUGAAUCGCUCCUUAUCCUCCAGCGAUAGUUUGCCUGGCUCACCCACCCAUGGGUUGGGUGCCCGUUCACCCACCCAGAGCCUGCGGUCGACUCCUGACUCUGCAUACCUAGGUGCCUCUUCUCAGAGCAGUUCCCCAGCCUCCAGUACACCCAAUUCACCCGCCACCACGUCCCACCACAUGCGUCCCAGCACUCUGCAUGGCCUAUCUCCCAAACUGCAUCGCCAGUACCGUUCGGCCCGCUGCAAGUCAGCUGGAAACAUUCCCCUCUCCCCCCUGGCGCAUACGCCCUCGCCUACACAGUCUUCACCGCCACCACUUCCCGGCCAUACCGUGGGCAGCUCCAACACUACCCAGAGCUUUCCCGCCAAGCUUCAUUCUUCACCACCGGUGGUACGGCCACGCCCCAAGAGCGCAGAGCCCCCCCGCUCCCCCCUUUUGAAGCGGGUGCAAUCAGCAGAAAAACUGGGCUCUCUCUUAAGCGCGGAGAAGAAGGUGGUGGUGAGAAAGCAUAGCCUGGAAGUGGUGCACUCUGAGUACCGCAAAGACUUCUACGGGGAGCCUGGCCUUCACAGCCUAGCUGAGUCAGAUGGGGAGAGUCCCAGUGAAUCUGGCGCUCCGAAGCCCUUGGCCACUCGGCGCCUGGGACGGCAGGAAUCCCCCCUUAGUUUUGGGGUCGGAGAUGGAGAGGCGGCUUUGGAGACCAAUGCCAAAACAAGGGGGCCGGAUGCUGUCCCUGGGGAUUGCAGGAGGAGCCAAGCUGUGCAGACCGAGGAGGCAUUUGUAGCAGCAAACCGAGCCCUGACUAAAGCCCUGAGCCCUGUCCAAGAGCACGAGCAAGGCAGGAAAGGCAGCCUGGAGGCAGAUGUGAUCCCACGGGGCCCUGUCCCAAUCGUGUUGGAACCGAAGGAGAUCCAAGAUCCUGGCCCUCCAGGAAAAGCCCCCGUGCAAGACAAGACGGGCUCGCCCAAGGAGAAGUGGAUCUUGGAGGUCGUGGAAGAGCACACCAUGUUGGGGACCUGUGUCAAAAAACCCAGUUGCCUCUGCCCAGAGGAAACCAAGAACGGACUCAAGCGAAGCUCGGCCGAAGCGAAGGGAAAACGGGGGAAAGAAGAGCUUCCUGUCUUGGCAUCGGGGAGCAAGUGUGCAGGAGACACGCCCCCACCCCCAGCUCCCACCCUCGAGAAGAAAGGGGCUGCUCACUGAACCAGAGGACAGUUGAUUUUUCUCACCCUUCUGCCCCGCACUUCCCCCCCCGCCCCCAGGACCAUACUAGUAGAACACCAAUGUCGUCUUUGCCUUCACGGUGAUGGCAGCGGUAAGGUAGCUAAGCUCUAUUCCCAACAGAGCUGGAAGAGGGCGCUCUUUACGCUCUCUGUGACGACAAAGAGCAGCGGCAAUAGCGCCUCCCGGCCUCAGCCAUCCCUUCGCGAAUGGCACGUCUACUCAUAAGCCUUGUAAAGUACCUAUACAUAUCUCUCGCUCUCUCUCUAUAUAUAUAUAUUAUAUUAUAAUAUUUAUAUAAAUAUAAAUACAAAUAUAUAUAUAUAUAUAAAUAUAUAUAUAUAUACACACACACCUAUACAAGUAAAACUAUACAUGAAAUGGUUAAUACUGUGAUCACUCCCUUUCCCCAACCUCACACCCAUUUGUUCUGUGCUUCAGGCUAUUUCUUGAAAUCUGUAUAAUAAAAAGUAAUAAGUAUGGACGUUUAGGGAAACAGUUAGAAUUGGGCCGCAGAACACCAGGCAAAUGUUUGAACUCGGCAAGUUUUGCUCCUUCGCAAAGUUCAAAAAGUCCAGCGGAAAUUCUUGUAGCAUCUGAAAUCUCUGCACGCAAAGGGUCCCGAUUUCAUGCACAUUUGUCACGGAAUGAUUGGCACUGGGGCACGGGGGUUGACAGGAGGGCACUUGAGCAGCUCCCAUAUUCACGUCCUCAGUUCUUCCACCUGCAUCACAAAGUCGCCUUUCUCUCUGCUUCAGGUGAGGCUGGUUCUUGAUUCCAUUUUGCUUUCCUAAUUUCAACAAUCAAUUGUUGGAUUUAUACACACAGUUACGUUCUUCACAUGUGAGCAAUUGGAAUA